AUGAGUGUGCCCCCAGUCCGAGAGUGUCUCCAGUCCGAGUGUGUCUCCAGUCCGGGUGUGUCUCAAGUCAGAGUGUGUGUCCAGUCCGAGCGUGUCUCCAGUCCGACUGUGCCCCCAGUACAAUCCAAGAGUGUGUCCAGUCUGAGUGUGUCUCCAGUCAGAGUGUGCCCCCAGUCCGAGUGUAUCUCCAGUCCGAAUGAGUCUCCAGUCCGGGUGUGUCUACAUUCCGAGUGUGUGUCCAGUCUGAGUGUGCUUCCAGUCCGAGUGUGUCUCCAGUCCAAGUGUGCUUCCAGUCUGAGUGUGUCUCCAGUCCAAGUGUGCCUCCAUUCCCCGUGUGUCCCCAGUCCGAGUUUGUCUCCAGUCCGAGUGUGCCCCCAGCACGAGUGUGCCCCAGUCCAAGUGUGUCUCCAGUCCGAGUGUGUCUCCGGUCCGAGUGUGCCCACAGUCCAAGUGUGCCUCCAGUCCGAGUGUGUCUCCAGUCCGAGUGUGCCGCCAGUCCGGGUGUGUCUCCAGUCCGAGUGUGCCCCCAGUCCGAGUGUGCCUCCAGUCCGAGUGUGCCCCCAGUCCGAGUGUGUCUUCAGACCGAAUGUGUCUCCAGUUCGGAUCUGUCUCCAGUCCGGGUGUGUCCCCAGUCCGAGUGUGCCCCCAGUCCGAGUUUGUCUCCAGUCCGAGUGUGGCCCCAGCACGAGUGUGCCCCAGUCCAAGUGUGUCUCCAGUCCGAGUGUGUCUCCGGUCCGAGUGUGCCCACAGUCCAAGUGUGCCUCCAGACCGAGUGUGUCUCCAGUCCGAGUGUGCCCCCAGUCCGGGUGUGUCUCCAGUCCGAGUGUGCCCCCAGUCCAAGUGUGCCCCCAGUCCGGGUGUGCCCCCAGUCCGAGUGUGCUUCCAGUCCGAGUGUGUCUCCAGUCCCAGUGUGCCUCCGUUCCCUGUGUGUCCCCAGUCCGAGUUUGUCUCCAGUCUGAGUGUGGCCCCAGCACGAGUGUGCCCCAGUCCAAGUGUGCCUCCAGUCCGAGUGUGUCUCCAGUCCGAGUGUGUCUCCAAUCCGGGUGUGUGUUUCCAAUCCGGAUGUGUCUCCAGUCCGAGUGUGCCCCCAGUCCGAGUGUGUCUUCAGACCGAAUGUGUCUCCAGUCCAGGUGUGUCUCCAGUCCGAGUGUGUCUUUAGUCCGAUUGUGUCUCCAGUCCGAGUGUGUCUCCAGUCCGGGUGUGUCUCCAGUCCGAGUGUGCCCCCAGUCCGAGUGUGCCUCCAGUCCGAGUGUGUCUCCAGUCCAAGUGUGCCUCCGGUCCGAGUGUGCCCACAGUCCAAGUGUGCCUCCAGUCCGAGUGUGUCUCCAGUCCGAGUGUGCCCCCAGUCCGAGUGUGCUUCCAGUCCGAGUGUGUCUCCAGUCGAAGUGUGCCUCCAUUCCCCGUGUGUCCCCAGUCCGAGUUUGUCUCCAGUCCGAGUGUGGCCCCAGCACGAGUGUGCCCCAGUCCAAGUGUGUCUCCAGUCCGAGUGUGUCUCCGGUCCAAGUGUGUCUACAGUCCAAGUGUGCCUCCAGUCCGAGUGUGUCUCCAAUCCGAAUGUGCCCCCAGUCCGGGUGUGUCUCCAGUCCGAGUGUGCCCCCAGACGGGUGUGCCCCCAGUCCGAGUGUGUCUCCAGUCCAGGUGUGCCCCCAGUCCGAGUGUGCUUCCAGUCCGAGUGUGUCUCCAGUCCAAGUGUGCCUCCAUUCCCCGUGUGUCCCCAGUCCGAGUUUGUCUCCAGUCCAAGUGUGUCUCCAGUCCGAGUGUGUCUCCAGUCCGAGUGUGCCCCCAGCCCGGGUGUGUCUCCAGUCCGAGUGUGCCCCCAGACGGGUGUGCCCCCAGUCCGAGUGUGUCUCCAGUCCAGGUGUGCCCCCAGUCCGAGUAUGCUUCCAGUCCGAGUGUGUCUCCAGUCCAAGUGUGCCUCCAGUCCGAGUGUGUCUCCAAUCCGAAUGUGCCCCCAGUCCGGGUGUGUCUCCAGUCCGAGUGUGCCCCGGACUGGAGACAUUCCCCGUGUGUCCCCUGUCCGAGUUUGUCUCCAGUCCAAGUGUGUCUCCAGUCCGAGUGUGUCUCCGGUCCGAGUGUGCCCACAGUCCAAGUGUGCCUCCAGUCCGAGUUUGUCUCCAAUCCGGGUGUGUGUUUCCAAUCCGGGUGUGUCUCCAGUCUGAGUGUGCCUCCAGUCCGAGUGUGCCUCCAGUCCGAGUGUGCCCCCAGUCCGAGUGUGUCUUCAGACCGAAUGUGUCUCCAGUCCGGGUGUGUCUCCAGUCCGGGUGUGUCCCCAGUCCGAGUGUGCCCCCAGUCCGAGUGUGUCUCCAGUCCGGGUGUGGCCCCAGCACGAGUGUGCCCCAGUCCAAGUGUGUCUCCAGUCCGAUUGUGUCUCCAGCCCGAGUGUGCCCACAGUCCGAGUGUGCCUCCAGUCCGAGUGUGUCUCCAGUCCGGGUGUGUCCCCAGUCCGAGUGUGCCCCCAGUCCGAGUGUGUCGCCAGUCCGACUGUGCCCCCAGUACGAGUGUGCCACCAGUCCGAGUGUGUCUCCAGUCCGAGCGUGUCUCCAGUCCGGUCUGAGUGUGUCUCCAGUCCGAUUGUGCCCCCAGUCCGAGUGUGUCUUCAGUCUGAGCGUGUCUCCAGUCCGGGUGUGCCCCCGGUCCGAGCGUGUCUCCAGUCCGAGCGUGUCUCCAGUCCGAGUGUGGCCCCAGCACGAGUGUGCCCCCAGCACGAGUGUGCCCACAGUCCGAGUGUGUCUCCAGGCUGAGUGUGCCCCCAGUCCGAGUGUGCCCCCAGUCCGAGUGUGCCCCCAGUCCGGGUGUGUCUCAAGUCUGAGUGUGUGUCCAGUCCGAGCGUGUCUCCAGUCCGACUGUGCCCCCAGUCCGACUGUGCCCCCAGUCCGACUGUGUCUCCAGUCCGAGUGUGUCUCCGGUCCGAGUGUGUCUCCGGUCCGAGUGUGCCCACAGUCCGAGUGUGCCUUCAGUCCAGGUGUGUCUCCAGUCCGACGGUGCCCCCAGUCCGGGUGUGUCUCUAGUCCGACUGUGCCCCCAGUACGAGUGUGCCCCUAG